CUUUGCCUCUCGGGUCUCUGGGGCCGGACGCGCCUUCUCUCUGUCCUGGUUGUGCAGCACCCCUGAGCCCCAAGCGAGCCAGACGCAGACAGCCAUGGCCUCCAGUCCGGACCCGCCGUCCCCACUACUCGUAAGGCUGCUGGAGUCCAUCCCCAGAGCGCGCAUGAAGCUAGAGAUAUAUUUCCAGAGCCGGGCCUCCGGAGGAGGGGGAGUGCUCUGUUCAUCCCGUGGGGGGCCCGGCCCCCGGACACCUUCUGAGGUGAAGUUCCUAGAAAAAGCAGAUAAGGAGAAUGUGUUGAAAAGAGAACACCAGAUGUUGGUUGAUGACAAACCUGUGCCUAUUGUCCUGGAAACUAUUAAAAAGCCAGAAGAGGACCUGAGACCCAGACCUCCAUCACUGACACAGCCAGCUGAGACACCAAUCCGACCUCCGUCCUUGACAGAGUCCCUGGAUGAAGCACUGGGUGAUAAGAUACAUCCCAGUGAUGGGCCCGUUUUUAACUCUGUUGACUCAGUUGUCCAAAAGGUCUUUCUCGCUGUGACCGCUGAGCUGAACUGUGAACUGCUCUCCAAAGAGCAGAGAGCACAGAUUACUGCUGUCUGCCCUCAUAUCAAAAGCAUGGAGGGCAGUGACGGAAUUAAGAAGGUGUGUGGCAACUUCAAAGAUAUUGAAAAGAUACAUCACUUCCUGAGUUCGCAGCUUUUGGAAAGCGAGCCGCGGAGAAUCGUCCCACAGAAAUACACACCUUCCGAUGUGGAGAGGGAGCCCCCCAGUCAGAGAAGUUUUGAAGUUUCUGUGCUUUUCCUUGAAUAUUUCAAACAUAUUUAUCCGGGUAGAAUAGAAUCCAUAGAGAAAAAAUUUGGUGUAAACAUCAAAAUCCAAGAUAGUUCUCAUAUGGUCUCUAUAGGCUUCACCUCCAGACAAUCAGGCAACUUAGAAGAAGCUUGUCAGUCUUUUGCCAGAGACUUUCAGAAAUGCACAUGAUCUCUGAAGCAAGAUUGUAUCUCUUUAGAGGACCAACAGAGAGCAAAGAAAGUCAGGCAGGAGCUGAGUCGCUGCUUCCCAAAGCUCUUGAUAAAGGAACAGGGAAGGAUUCUAACUCUCCUGGGCUCUUCUGCUGACAUUGCAGCUGCCGCAGAAAAAGUCUCCCAAACUCUUGUCCCAGCACCUGUGAAAAUAAUAGCCACACCUGUGAAAAUAACUGCGUCUGGGUACAUGACAGGGAUCGAGGUCGAUUCGACCCGCUUUAAGCUUCUAGAACCUGAGCUGCUCCAGGAAAUCGCAGAGAUCGAGCAGAAGUUUAACACUUGUGGCAACGUCCAGGAAAAAGGCCAGAAGACCUGCAUUCUCUUUGUCCCCAAGGAUAAAGAGUUAGACCUGUCUGUGCAGUCUUACACAAGUUUUACUGAGGCCUUCCAGCAUGCCACGUGCCAGCUGAGGACAGAAGUUCUGUCGCUGAAACAGGUGGGCAAGGAGAAAGCUCAAUUGCACAAGACCAAGUUUGCUGAGGACUUUAAAAAACACCCAAGCGUGCACUUCGUGACAUCUCAAGAGUCCGUGACCUUGACUGGUUUGCCCAAUCACCUUGGGCAGGCAAUGCAGUAUGUUGCCAAAAGGAUGGAAUGCCCCCCGUUGGCGUCUGGAGAGAAAUUGGCUAUGGAUCAUGAAACGCCCAUGGAGGUCCCACAGGAAUGACUCAGAUCCCCACUGGCCUCGAAGGGGAACAAGGGCGGACAACUCGUCAUCUGCAUGGACACCAUCAGGAACAAGCAGGUGCUCCCUAAGUGCAAGCAUGAAUUCUGCUCCUCUUGUAUCAGCAAAGCCAUGUCAUUCAAGCCUGUCUGUCCUGUGUGUCUGACCCACGGUGUCCAGAAAGGGAACCAGCCAGAGGGAACCAUGGCUCACAUCAUUCAAAAAGACUCACUUCCGGGUUAUGAAGUGGGGACUAUUGUGAUUCAGUACAGUUUUGGAGAUGGCAUACAAACAAAGGAGCACCCAAACCCAGGAAAAGCUUACUCUGGAACUUGUCGAGUUGCAUAUUUGCCUGAUAAUGCGGAGGGGAGAAAGGUUUUGGAUCUGCUCCGAAAAGCCUUUGAUCAGAAGCUGAUUUUCACAGUAGGAGAAUCUCGGGUAUUAGGAGUCUCGAAUGUCAUUACAUGGAAUGAUAUUCAUCACAAAACAGCCAAGUUUGGAGGACCAUCAAAUUUCGGCUACCCUGAUCCUGAUUACCUGAAACGUGUCAAGGAGGAGCUGAAAUCAAAGGGAUAG